GUCAGGCUGCUGUAAUCAUCCAGUUUAUUAUACGGGAAACGAAGUACUUUUUAAAAAUGCCUGAGAGCAAGAAAGCCAUGAGGGUCUGCCUGCAUUCCAGUAUCUGCCUUCUGUGUGUAGUUACACUUUUGUUCCACCCAUACUGUCCCAUUCAUGCUCAUAAGAAUCAUGCCCACAGUGAUCACUCUCACAGUCACACCCCUGACGGCCUACAAACAUCCCAGGUGGGAGGAUCCAGUGAUCCACCCACUUCAAACUUUGGCCUGGAUGAGGCCUUAAGUGAGCAGCGCUUUUAUAUUCAGCAGCUGUUCCGCCGCUACGGCCAGCAGGACCGGCUAGACUUUGGUGGUUUCCAAAACUUAUUGCUCAGUCUUGGCCUUGGGCAGGUCCGCUUGCUGGACCUGGAACAUGAGGACCUGGGCCAUGAUCACGUGGCUCACCUCGACAUACUACAGGUUCAGGACGGUCACCACACCCACAGACCAUCCCACUCAUACGGCCAUCAGCAAUCUCACUCUCAUUCAGAAGAAGAGGACAACUGGACCAGCAUUCAGCCACCUCCAUGCAGGCCAAAUGCAAUAGAGGCUACUGAAGGCCCCAAGGUAGUAUUGGAAGAUCCCAGUCAUGAAGAUGACCAUAUCCAAGACCUUGGUCACAAACUCACCCAUGGCCUCAAACAUGACAAUAGCCAUGACCAUAGCCAUGACCAUAACCACAGACACAAAAAUAACAGAAGCAUUAGCGACAGCACUAGAAAGCAGUCAAAACCACAGCAGAAUGAACGCCACAGGCAUCCUCAGCAUCACAAGGUGCAAAAUGGUAGAGAGAGUAACAUAUUUCAGCCACUAAAACCACAAAAUUCCUCAGGCCAGCAGAAACCAGAGCAGCAUCCAUCCCCAGUGCCUCAGUCUCCAGACACCAGGAACAAGAAGCCCAGAAAGUCCUCCAAGCGUAAAGGAGUCCACAGUAAAACUAAGGAUAGUACCUUUGGCACAGCUGUCCCUCUACCAAAUACAGAAAUUCAUGGGAGUAAGGAUGCAACUACUAAGGCUGAAGAUCAUCAGGAGUCUUUGUUCCACCAGAAGGAUUUAAAUGACGAUGAUCAUGAACAUAGUGAUCAUGGUCAUGACCACGAAUAUGAACAUGACAACCAGCACAAGGAGGGCCGAAUUAAGAAGAGGGCAGCCCCUGAUGAGCCGGUAAACCCUGGGUGGAUGUCCUUGGAUGGUCAUCCUGAGGGUGUGGUCCACCAGCAUGAGGAGUGCCUGAACCUGACACAGCUCCUUCACUACUAUGGGCUUAGUCCAGACACCCUCAUCUCGCCAACACAGUUUACAUACUUGUGUCCAGCUUUAUUGUACCAAAUUGACAGCCGUGUUUGUAUCAGACACUACCAUAAUGUGGACAUCCAACACUCUGCCCUAGAACCGUCGCACUCAGUGUGGACGUGGGUGUGGGGCUUUGUGUCUAUCACCGUCAUCAGCCUACUGUCACUUCUGGGCGUGGUCCUCGUACCAAUCAUCAACCAGUCCUGCUUCAAAUUCCUGCUCACUUUCCUGGUGGCAUUAGCUGUGGGGACUCUGAGUGGCGACGCACUGCUGCACUUGCUGCCACAUUCUCAGGGGGAGCAUGACCACAGCCACCCUAGCGAAACAAACGAGAAGGUCGAUCUCGUCACUGCAUUUGAUGGGGUUUGGAAAGGGCUUACUGCCCUAGCUGGGAUCUAUCUUCUGUUCAUCAUUGAACACUGCAUCGGUAUGUUCAAACACUACAGAGAGCAGGGGGGACGAAGGUCCAGCAAUCAAACUAAAGUGGACAAGGAAAAUAUUGAUGGAAAGAUACCAGACCACCAACCGAACCGUCGAUCAGAUGCAGAGUGGAUGAGCUUGAAGUCCCCGACUGUUGCAGGGCCAGACAGUUCUGCAUCAUCGUGUGAUAGCAAGCAUGACACCGAGCUGACACAGUGUGAGCCAGAGUCCACCAGUCACCAGGCCAAAAUUAAGAAGCAUGGCCAUUCCCACGGUCACUCCCAUUGCCACUCAGACCAAGAGAUGAAAGAUGCUGGGAUUGCCAGCAUUGCCUGGAUGGUCAUCAUGGGUGAUGGAAUGCACAACUUCAGCGAUGGACUGGCCAUAGGGGCUGCUUUCAGUGCCAAUGUGACCGGGGGCAUUAGCACCUCUGUGGCUGUGUUCUGCCAUGAGUUACCCCAUGAGCUGGGGGAUUUUGCCGUGCUGCUGAAAGCGGGCAUGUCGGUGAAGCAAGCCAUCGCGUACAACCUGCUGUCAGCUCUGAUGGCCUACGUGGGCAUGCUGAUUGGCACGGCAGUGGGCCAGUACACCUACAAUGUUACCAGUUGGAUCUUUGCCGCCACGGCUGGGAUGUUCCUCUACGUUGCUUUAGUGGACAUGCUGCCAGAGAUGCUUCACGGUGACAGCGAGGACCACAAGCGUUGCCAGCUUGGCCACUUCCUGCUCCAGAACCUGGGUGUAUUAAGUGGCUUUGCCAUCAUGCUGCUCAUUGCCAUCUUUGAGGAGCACAUCGUGUUAGACUUAGGCUUCUAAGGAUGAGCCUGGUAAUGUUCCUGCCAUGCUGUACUAUGUAGCAGGAUGCACCUUUCCUUUUCCAUUCCAGUUUGGGCAUUUGUUCCCUAUGCUGUAGAACUGUGGGUGGUCCUCCACCUGAUCUCACGGCCACCCAUGUAGCCUUUCAGCCUGAGCACUUUUGCAUUUUCACACCAAUCCCCUGCCCAUGUUCUUAGAUACAUGAUCUGCAGAAUCUGAGUCCAUUCUCACGCUGUUGUGUCUGCUUACAAAACAGUGUAACCCCAUGAAUGUACUUCACAAAUUCAGCAGUGUCCGCAAGACACGGUGAGCUCUAAGCCCCCUUCCUCUUUCAGGACCAAGCAAUUUUUAGGUUACAAAUCUAUGCAUCUUUUUAAAAGUGUUUUUGCAUGUUAGUGUUGUAAAUAUGUGUCUUCCUGUGCAAUGUUACGCAAACCAUUCUGUCGAAGAACAAGGAAAAACUUU